UUUAGUCGAGUGUGGAACGUGUAUAGUGAGUAGUGAUAGUGAAUUAUUGUGAUAGCGCAUUAUGCCAUCAUUUUUUAAUCAUGAGCCGUAUUGAAAUAAUGAAAUGUACACAACUAAACUUUACUUGUUAGACGUUUUACCUUCAUUUCAGAUUAUUUUCAUCAGUGCGGUGUUUGUUUUAAAUAUUAUUAAAAAAUUCACGACCGCAUGCAUUUCGUAUUGUCUCCUAUCGGUCAGUUUAUAAAUUAAAUCUCAAUAUAACUCCAAUUGAUAGCGUAAUGAAUUAUAACGACAACACAUUCAAUACUAUGCCGGGUAACAACAGCAAUAAACGUCUAACAAGACGUCCUAUGGAAACACCUGGUUUAGAUGUAAAUAGUAUGCCUCCUCAACAAGUACAAUACAACUAUGCCCAACCGACUAUGUACUCUCAGCCACCAGAACCUCAAACAAUGCCUUCUCAACAACAAUUCUAUUACAAUGACUUUACAUCAAUUCCAUCUCCACAACAACAUGGGUAUGGAUAUAGUGAUUUUGGAUCAAUGCCAACAGAUAACAUUAAUCACCGACAACAUUACACGCCAAGCCCAGGUCCAAGUCCUCAACAAACACAACCAAUAAUGUUUAAUCCUUCAAAUAAUUUAGUUGAUGCAUUCGGAAGUAAUCCACUCUUAGCAGGAGUAACUGUGCGAUACGGACAGAAAAUUUUAGGACAGGUUGUUGAUGAAAAUGUUGGCAAAUAUACUAGCGGAAUAAGUUCAGAAAUAAAACGUUAUUUUGCUGUAGACACCCGUUAUGUGAUCAGCAAACUUGGUUUAUUAUUGUUUCCAUUUGUCCAUACAGAUUGGUCAAUUAUGCUAGAAUCAACAGAGCAAUCCGAUGAUCGUCGACGAGCAAGACCAAAAACAGAUGUCAAUGCACCAGAUCUUUAUAUUCCUACUGUAGCUUUUGUAACAUAUUUACUGUUUUUGGGUCUCAUUCUUGGUAAACACGGACAAUUCAGUCCAGAACUUUUAAGUGUACAGGCUUCUCGUGUUCUUGCUUGGGAAGUAAUAGUGGUUUUAGUGGAAAUAAUGGCACUAUAUGUUACAAAUAUACAAAGCUCACUACGUGCUUUUGAUCUAACGGCUUAUUCAGGAUACAAGUAUUUUGGAAUUAUAAGCUGUAUUCCAAUUGGUUUACUUUUUGGAGAAACUGCAUUUUAUCUUGCCUUACUAUACAUUGGAAUUGCAUUUAUGUACUUUUUGUUAUUUUCAAUGAGAUGGCAGUUGAAUUCAAUAGCGACAGUUGCAAAUGUUGGCCAACCGGUAGUAAUGGUUGAGUACAAGCGUAAGAGAACAUUAUACUUCCUGAUUUUAGCAGUGGCCAUUCAGCCAAUAACUACGUGGUACCUAAUAUCAUAUUUAACAUUUACUAUGAGAUGAAUAUAACUGAAAGAUAUUUCAAAAAAAUUAUUUAUGCCAUGAAGCAAUGCAAUCAUGUUAUUAAAAACUGUAUAUAUUAUAUACAUAUUAUCUUUUUAUAUAUUUUAAUAGUCUUUGUUGGUAUGAUACUUUUAGGACUACAUUUUAAUAAUGUAUCAUAUUACAUAUACUGAAAUAUGUGUAAACAGUUAAUUUUUUUUAUAUCUUAAUAGCGUAAUUAAUUUAACUUUGGGCUUUUAAAUUAAGAAUGUAAUACAUACAUUAAAUUGUAUUUUUAAUAAAAAAAAAACCCCCAUAUCUAUGCAAAGAAUUAGUGUAUUAUUAUUACUAAUUGUAUUGCUAAAAUUAAUCUCAGCAUUAUACUUUUUCGUAUAGGUACUAAAAUCAUGUAGUAUGUAUACUUGUAUGAAGAUAAUAUGUGUAUUCUGUGUAAUAGCACUUAUCAAAUUUUAUUUGAAACUCAAUAAUUUAAUUUAAGUGGAGGCCUAAUAUAA